CAGUCACCAUAGCAGAGUAAAACCAGUCGGAUUACAACUAUUCACAAUGUAACACCUUUCUAUUGAACAAGGAGAUUCUAGCUUUGUCAGAUAAACUAGGAUCAGACAAACGAGAAUCAUAAUUUCCUAUCUAAUUUUUAGACUCGAGUGAUGCAUGUUGCCAAAUGUCUGCGGUGGUGUUUUGUGGGAUUGUGUGUAUCGGUGGCUUUAUACGGUUUAAUGGAUUACGACAUCUUCAACUCUAGCAAGACAACCAAUUCUGUGUGGCAAUCAAACCAGGACGUGCUUUCUUACCAACAUGGAGACUCAUCAAACGAAAAUGACACUGACCGAAAACUUCACGCCUAUCAAAGACAAUACAUUCAAAAAGGCGAUCCUGUCAAUCACAUAGCCUUCCUUAAGAUACACAAGGCCGCCAGUACAACGAUUGCUAAUAUAUUUCUACGCUACGGCAUUGAAAGGAAUCUCGUGUUUGCUCUGCCAAGAGGCAAAGGCGGGGGCGGUCCUUCAUUGACAUCACGCUACUUCUUCCCGCCUCCAAGAAAUGAAACUUAUGAUAUUUCCUGUGGGCACGUCAGAUACAAUAGAGAUGAAUUUAGUAGAGUGCUACCUAACGAUACUAUGUAUAUAGAAGUCGUGAGAGAGCCGUUCAGCCUGUUCCAAUCCUUUAUUAAUUGUUUUUAUCCAAAAAAUGUUUUGGAUAUACCAGGAAACAAUCCAGUGUUGGAUUAUUUAUCUCAUACAGAACAUCAUAUAAAAUACCAAGGCUACAUUGAUCUCCAACAGAUGGCACACGAGUUUAAUAUGAUGGCAAUUGAGUUUGGAUUCCCUGAGGAAUUAUUUUGGGACAGGAAUCAAACUAAGAUACAGAGUUAUUUACGUAAACUUGAUAAAGAGAUGAAUAUAGUGUUAGUGGUGGAAUAUUUUGAUGAAUCCAUUGUACUGAUGCGGCGACUCCUGAACUGGGAUCUCAAAGAUAUUCUAUAUUGUAAAACUCAUGUCAGAGGGUACAAGCGCAAAACAAAAUCUCGAUUGCAGUUUGGAUCAAAAGAGGAAAAACUUUAUAAAGAAAGGUCCUACCUAGAUUAUGCUCUAUAUGAUUUUUUUCUUCACAAAAUGAAAGAAAUUCUAAAGCAUCAACCUCCAGACUUUUAUGAGGAAGUUGCAUACUUCCGAAAAACAAGAAUAAAGACUGAACAAUUCUGUAAGUCAACAACAACUGAUUACCAGAACAUGAAUGAAGUACUAUUUGAAGGUAGUAAGUGGAAUAAACCAUUUGUCAUCAAUAAAAGGUUUUAUGAACAUGUAUUUGAAUCUGCAGCCCUAACUUUUAAAACACUUAUAAAUAAAACAACGUCACCGAAUUAAGGUUUUGUAAAUAGAUCAAUGACAUGCCAUUAUUGUUUGUAGCUGGUUUUAGAUUAACAUUGCUGUAAUGGUGAGUUCAUGAAAGACUUCAGGUGACAACGGACCUUCCUUGUGUCCGAUUGCGUAUAAUCUGACAAUGAUGACCUUACGUGUUGACCUUUGAUUUCCAUAUUGAUUAAAGGUAAGUUAAUAAUAAGAUAAGGAAUUACAGGCAAUUAUAACAGGUAUGCUAGAACUCAAAACCGAGUUAUAAGCCGAAAACAGUCGUUAUGACUACAUGUAAUCGGUUGUCAUUGCUGAGCACGAGGUACGUGUUAUGUGACGAUAUGGUUUAUGUUCGAUCGAAUACAUUAAUUCAUUUUCUCGACUGUUUUGUAUUUUUCAGUAGUUGUUUGUAUGUUAUUUUUAUUUUUGUUUCUUUUAUUUGUACAUUAUU